AUGGGAAGCAAAACCAGGGAGCUUAUCCUUCUGAUCUGGAAGUCUCAAACAUACUUUGGGCAACUUCAAGUUGGUGUAUGGUUCGUUUCGUAUUUGGCAACUUUAAUAGGAUUGGAAGUACUUUAUUCUCGAGGCAGUUACCUGAUUUGCAACGGCACAACAGAGUAUCUUGAUGUGAAAUGUCCUGACAGUGACAGCCCUGCUUUGAAAAUGCAACGGCCUUUCAUAAGAAUAUAUGGCGGCGUUUAUUUUGCCAUUUUGUUAAUUUACACUCUUUACAUUGUUCCCAGGCUUUGGCGAUUCCGCAGGAGAAAAAACACAACACCGUUAUGUGGUCUUUACGCCGUUUAUUGCUUGCAACUCUUUGUAAGACUUUUUUAUAACGUUAUAAUGUUUUUCGUUUACAUCUCCCUUGUCUUUUACACGUUCCCAGUUCGUCUAAACUGUGUCGUUCCCGGUUUGGAAGAUGCAAGUAUCACCUGCGUUGAUAAGUUUCGAACAGCGAAAUCUGCCCUGCAGACCACAGUCUUACUAGUUAUUGUGGUGCUAACAUUGUUCUCUCUACUUGAAUUCAUAUUCCUGUUGAGUCUUACAAGGUCGAGAAGUAGAACAAUCUUCGUUGGAGAUGCAAACCAACGGAAAGAACACCUUGAUAAUGGCUGUUAUUGUGCAUGUGUUAUGCCAACGGAUCAACAGUUUGGCUUGUUUCGCCUCCACUUGAGCGAGGUGUGUGAGUAUCGCGAGCCUUCUUGCGAAUAUGUUAGCCCUUUAAGAGAAUAUCUGAUUGACAUGAGGAAUAUUUACUCGACGAAAACAGAAUAUAUCGACAGUUCUCUCCUUGACAACAUCGAUGCCUUGAAACUGGACGAUAUGUUUACAAGACCAGUGUUGUCAGGGGUAAAAUGCCCCAAAACUAUGGCAAACAAAUAUUUAGCUGCAAAGAAGUCAGAGAGUCUGGAGGCCUUUGGGAGUAUUUCGAUAACAGGCAAGGCAGGAAUGGGAAAGACCACCUUAGCACAAAAAAUCGUCAGAGGCUGGGCAAAGGAAGAGUCGUCACUCACGUCACGCAUCAAGAUUCUGCUUUGCUUCGAUUUUAAAGCUCUGGAAGACUCUCCUGGCGACGGAAUUUCGUUCGAGGAUUUAAUCCGCCGCCAGGUUUCUUUAGAUCUUCCAAAAGACCUCCUUGAUUUUGUGAAAAGAAAUCCCAAGGCGACGCUAAUCGUGGUUGACAACGUCUGUGAACCAAAAUCUGGAUGUCAGGAAUCUGACUUCGCCGAUAGUUUUGAAGAAAAAAUGCCCUUUUCAGCCUUGUUGAAGAAACUUGUGACUGGAAAAAUCUUAAAGGGUGUAACAGUUCUAACCUUGUCUAGGCUUACAGAGAACAGUGUUGCAGAUUUGUUUGGCGUUGCAAGUCAAACAGAACUCAUGGGAUUUUCUCCGAGUGAAAUCAAUGGGUACAUUAAGAAGUAUUUCUUAAACAGUGACGAUUGUGAAGACGACGAGUUAGCCACUGCCAGGUUGAAAGAGAAUUUGACAGACAACACACUUUCCAUAUGUUGUGUUCCACUACAUUGCUUCUACAUUUGCACUCUCAUGAAAUGGUUAAGAGGCUCCGAUGGCGCAGUUGUGCCAGAGACUGCAGGGAACCUCCCUGAAACCAUCACCGAACUCUAUAUUGGCAUAGCACAAAUGAUUUCCUGCUUGCAACAGACUACCAGGAAGCCAACCAGCCUGAGUGCAAUAGAAACACACAUACCAAGCUCACAAAAUGUUGUAGAGGCCUCUUCAGAAGACUCAAGGUCACCACCGGAAACUGCUACGACAUCAACUCAAAGCUUUCCUACGCGGGGUCUCACCCAGCGAAAAACAUCCUCAAAAAAGCAGUUUGCUCUUCAUAACCUGGCAGAAAUUGACACAAAAGUCUGCUCUUUGGCAAUGCAGAGUAUUGAUGAGGAAAUGACUGUGUUUGACGUUGAUUACCUUCGCUCCAUGUUAUCCGAGGAAGCAAUUCCGCGUUACUUCAAAAGAACGAGACAAACAGAUGACUCCGAAAAGUUGCAAUUCACUUUCCGAUGCGACUUUCUUCGGGAAUUUCUCGCAGCCUACUUUGUUGUGUCCGACAGGUCAUUAAAAAGGCUAAAGAAGUUAGUCGAGCAAGUAAAGAAUAACAGUUCGAGAAAGCGAGACCAAGUGCUUCAGUUUGCUUGCGGUCUGCAAUUUAGUGAUUCACAGGCCUCAGACCAAAAAAAGAAAGAAAUGAUUGAUCUCGUCAAAGGGUUGUACAGUGUGUCUCAAUCUGAAGACAAGAGAAGGCAAAAAGAACUUCAGCUAUUAAUGUUGAAAUGUGCGGCCGAGAUAAAGGAUGAAAAGAUCUCACGUGAGGUGGCGAGCAAGAUGAUCCCUAUCGUUGAGUUUUCUGGCUGUGAGAUUGGAGUUGCAGAAUGCUCUGCUCUCGCAAAUGUGUUAGGGACGUCACCAUUCGCUUCCAUCUGUAGUGUAGAUUUAUCGGAUAACACAAUCAGCGUGAUGGGCGCACGUCAACUCACGCAGAAAUUAUUGCUUCCUGGUAAGGGCCCAACAGAGGACUUGAAUGUACAAGGCAACGUUCUGGGUGAUGAGGGACUUAAGGAACUUACUGAAGCUCUUAAGAAAAGGGAAUGUAGGCUGAAGACGUUAAACGUAGCUGACAAUUACAUAACAAGCGAUGGUGUAUCAAAGUUAUCGUUAGCACUUGAGUCAAACACUUGUUUAGAAGAGUUGAACCUGAGCUGUAAUGAGAUCUGUAGUCAAGGCGUUGAACAUCUAUCAAAAGUUCUCCAAAACGAAAAUGGUAAAAUCACUAAGUUGAAUCUAUCCUGGAACGAUAUUGGAGACGACGGAGUGAUGUGUUUGGCGUCAUUUAGACAAAGCACGCUUAAUCUUGCUUGGAACAACAUUGGUAUGAGAGGCGUUCAUUCCUUCAUCUCGAUAUUUCAUACGUUAAAGAAUUUAGAGGAACUUGAUCUGAGUGGAAAUACCGUUGAGUCAGUGGGAUUAGAAGCACUGUUGCCUUGUUUCAUGGAUACAAACUGCAAGUUAAAGUGUCUGGAGUUGAACCACUGCAAAAUACAAGACGAGGGAGUCAUCCAUUGCUUAAAGGUGUUAAACUGUUUGCAUAAUCAAAUCACACGUUUAGGCCUCGCUGGCAACAACAUCACAAACGCUGGAGCAGAGAAAAUAGCAGAGGCUCUAACUUCCUUAGAAUGCAGGAUCAUCAUUCUAAACUUGAGCUCCAACCUCAUCGGUGACAGCGGAGUAGAAAGUCUUUCUAAAAGCCUGAGUAGUCCAAACUGUGGCCUACGAGAACUUGAUUUGAGCCACAAUCAAAUUCAGUGUAAGGGCUGCAAAUGUUUAGCAGCAGCAAUCAGAAAGCCCAACUGUUUGCAGUGUUUAAACCUUGAAGGUAACCAUAUUGGUGAUGAAGGAGCUGCAAAAUUGUUGUCUGCUCUCAGGAUUCAUAGCAACAAACUCCAAACUUUGGUGCUGGAUUCAAAUGACAUUGGUGAUAAGGGCAUCGCUGGCUUACCACAUACAUUUAGAAGUCCUCAUUGCAAGCUGGGUCGUCUUGACUUGGGAAGAAACAUUAUCAGUCGAAACAGCAUCACAACUGUCAGCGAAGCAUUGAAGAGUCCCUUCUGCCAUCUGGAACAUGUGCGCCUGAAAGAUUCACGAUUAAGCGAAUCACUCGAGACAAAGAAAAGCCUUCGAGCCAGUAAGCUGACCGAUAAAGUAUAA